GAUCGAACUUUCGGUUACUCAAUUUUGAAUCGUCUGCAUUUCAUCCCGUUUCCAAGGUAACUUGCACGCAACACGUGUUAGCUACGUCACCAAUUCCCAGCAGCCCCCGUGCCGAGGGACCUACGAUGUGUUUGAAUAUCAAAUGAAACUUUUCUGAGAAAAUUUUUGUCAAAUGGACCGUUUUCUGUGGAUUAUGAAUUACAUUCUCUACUUUUCACUUCUCACUGUGUUAAUCAGAAGUGAUGCAAACACAAAAAAGGCGCAGAAUUUCAAAGGAAUUGAAAUAGGUGAUGUCACAAUUACAAUAACUGAUAUAAGCUACUUCGAUGAAGAUCAAGAGGAAGAGACAGAAAUCUUAUUCACCGUUCAAAAUAAUGAAAAAUUAAAAACAUGCGAGCUUGUAUGUGUUGGAAAAACCAUCACAAGUCUUAAUUGUGAAUCUGUAAAACAGGCAAAAGAAACAAAAACUUUCGACACCUUCUAUAUUUAUUUUGAAAAUUCGGAAGAAACUCAAGGAACCGUGAAGACUCUCCUAAUUUCAUUGCAAAGCAGUAAAUUCAACAGAUUGGACAUUUAUUACGAUCAGAAUUAUGUUGUUCCAAAUAAUGUUGCAUUUAUAAACGAUCUGUGCGUUGUAUAUCAGAAUUUUGACAGAGAUUACGAACGAUUUAUGUUGUUAGACGAAUCAGAGAAAUAUGGAAGAAAUUAUUUUGAUUGGUUUGAAAAAUCAGUAGUUGUUAUUCUACAUGAAGGAAUAGAAAUAACAGUCGAAGCAGUUCCUAAAAUCGAAUUCAGUCUUGUUACGCCUUAUCCAAAAGAUAGCAACGAAGAAAUAGCAGCUAUCGAUGGAUUAUUAUCUAUCCUGGAAAUAUCUAAAAAUAAUAUUAGAAUAGUUGAAGCUAAAUGCAUAAUCAACGUAAAAAAUCGAGGAAAUAAUACUUAUCUCAUGUUUCAGGUUGAAAUUGGCACGGCUCCCCAAUGGACUUCUUAUGGAUCACAACGAAAUGAAUUGAAUCUGAAAGAACUUUCAAAAAAUUUAACUUCGGUUUUUCAAUCUGGCGAUACUGGAAAAUGGUUUAGUAAUACCGUUUACUUUUUAAAUGUUGAAAAUAAUACCGUUUCUCCCGAUGGAUUUACAAAUUGUCCAAAAACAAUUAAAAGAUAUCGAAGACAAAGCCAAUAUUCAACAACAUUAGCGGAAAGUAGUAAAGAAAGUAUCGAAAUCGAAGGUCAUAAAAUAACCUUACAUCCAUUUAGUGAGACUUCUAUUCCUCAUAAUUCGCGAAUUGAUGAAGAACUGGUACCUGCUCCCGGAGUUAAACUCUUUGAUGAAACUGAACAAAAAGAUGCAGAUUCAGAAUUAUUAAAGGACACAAAAUGGACCGCUACUAUCGAAUUUUAUUAUGAAUGCUAUCAAGGAAAUUUGAAAGGAGAAACUAAAAUUUCUAUUCCUAAUAAAGAAAAUAUGAUAUUGUUUGAAGAUAUUAAAUUUGAAAAACCUAAUUAUAAUGUACACUUAAAAAUAACAGUCAACAAAGAAGAUUCACCAGAUACUCCAUUGACUUUCGUCAUCGGUCCUUUCGAUGUAAGAGAUUCUAAGGAUAAUGUUGAAUUUAAAGAUGAAGCUAAAUUAACAUUUAAAUACGAUGGAAAUUUUCAACAAAUUAAAGAUGAUCUUGAACGAUAUAAGUCAUGUUUUAUUAACUUUUAUUUCGGAAAAUAUCCAAAAGUUGGAUGGAAAUAUAUUGGUUCAAAAGCUGGAAGUGUUAUAACAGAAGCAAAAAUAAACGGAGAACCAUCAAGUCUAAAAAGUGUAAUCGAAGACAUUAAAAGUAAAGAAAAGACUUUUAAUGUAGAAAAAAAUAAACAAUGGAACGUACAAAGAGUGGAUGCGGAUAUGCCUCAAUCAAAUAUAAUUAAAAGAGACACCUCAGAAACAGCGACACAAGAACCUAACAAAACUGAUGACGUUAACAAGGAAGAAAAAAAGGAGGAAGGAACGCCAACAGCUUGGAUUGCAGCCAUUGUCAUUAAUGGAAUUUUGGUUUUAUUAUUCAUUGGUUUUGUAAUUUACUGCUACUGUAAAAGUAAACAAAGUUUGCACACUCAUUGCAAAGCUAGGCAAGAAGGAAGCGAUCGAUUAUUAUCAGGUUAGAAUUUCACUUAAAUGGAAGAAAGACAAGAGAAUUUGAAAUUUUAAGAUUAAAGAUAUUGUAGAAAAAGAAAUUAAUAAAAAAAAAUUGUAGAUAAAUUUAUGUAUAUUAGCCAUAUCAAUUGUUUGUAGAUAAUUUAAAAUAAAUUAAUUUAAGCAAAAUAUUUCGAAUUAAAUUAGUCUGUGUUAUAU